UGUGUGUGUGUUAAAGGACCAGUAAGUCCUGCACGGUGCUGAAACUUCAGCAGGUCGCCUCUCCAUCGCCCCCGAGCAAGCGAGUGGCUGCUGUUCCUCCGUUUGAUAAAAGAACAUCUGCACAUCAGCUGGAAAACAAGCAAAAACAAAACACGAGCGCUGUAUGAGGCUGUGGAUUUACAGUCCUUUGGCACUUUGGACUCGACAAGAGCUCAGGCUGUGGAUUUACAGUCCUUUGGCACUUUGGACUCGAAAACACCCGAAGUCCUUCAUCUUAAGCCGGGACAAGAGCUCAGGCUGUGGAUUUGGGAGAAUAUGAGUCUCUCGCAUCAGUACCGUGCUGUUCUGUUUCUGUCACUGUUGGCUUUACAUAGCUGUAAUGACGGGAUGCAGGAAUCCUAUCUGAAACCUUCAAAGCGUUUAAGUGAAGCCACCAAGAUUUUUUUUAAAAACCACUAUCAUGGGGUUCAACUAAAUUCUUCAUGAGAUCACCGGAGCAACAGCCAAGACAUCUCAAGGGUUGUACCUUUAUUUAAAGAGUGGCUGCAUAGACAAGCAGAGGGUGAUUGGUGUGCUUCGCCAGAUGGAGAAAUUUUUAAAGGGACAGGAGAUCCGGUUUACAGAAGGUCUCCGUAUAAUGAAAUCCAAACUUACCAACCUUCAGAACUCUGUGUCCAAGUUUCCACAAGCAGACCAAUCUUCACCCUCAUCCAUUUGUCCUGCUCUAGCAGCUCCAACACACGGAAAGAAGUUUGGCUCCAAGUACCUUGCUGGACAUGAAGUGCACUUCAUGUGUUCUUCAGGUUAUCAUUUGGUGGGCUCGGCAACCCGAGUGUGCCAGGAAAACGGCAGCUGGAGCGGAGUCGGUGCACUUUGUAAAGUAGCAGGUUUUAGUCAUUGUGCCAGUAACCCAUGCUUGAAUGGUGGCACUUGCACUGAGGGGGUCAACCAGUACAAGUGUUCAUGUCCUCACAACUGGAGCGGGAGCCGCUGUCAGCAGCAGACUCAAACAGCCCCUCCGGAGUGGAGCGUAGUGAAUGAUCCGGAAUUUAGCCGCAAACCCCACUGCACUAAAGUGGACCAAGCUCAGCACUGCAGUUGUGACGCAGGCUUUCAUAUGAGCGGCACCUCUCACAGCAGCAUCUGCCAGGAUGUGAACGAGUGCGAGGUUUACAAAACGGACAGCGGAUUACUGUGUGCUCACAUGUGCGUGAACAUUCCAGGCUCGUACCGCUGCUCCUGCCCCAGUGGCUACAAGCUUCUUGCGAACGGCAGGAGCUGUGAGGAUGUGGACGAGUGUCUUACACAACAGCAUAACUGCAGCCGUGGCACCACCUGUGUCAACACCGGAGGAGGUUUCCGGUGUGUAAAUCCAGAGUGCCCACACUUGCACGGAAAUAUCAGCUACGUCAAGACGUCACCUCUUCAAUGUGAGAGGAACCCCUGCUCCAUGACAAGCCGCACCUGUCACCUGGGUGCGAAAACAGUUUCUUAUCAUUACCUUUCUCUGCCUUCAAACCUCCCAACCCCAGCUACGUUGUUCCGUAUGGCCACAGCGACUGCUCCUGGCAGACCAGGACCCGAUAGCCUGCGCUUCAGCAUUGUGGAGGGAGGAGACGCUCGAGGUAUGUUUCUCAUGCAGCGAUCAGACCGGCAGACCGGCGAGCUGAUCCUUGUCCAGCCACUGCUCGGGCCACAGGAGCUCAGCGUGGACAUGGAAAUGGCUGAGUACUUGGAUCGAACCUUCCAGGCCAAACACCUCGCCCGAGUCCAUGUGAUCAUAUCUCCUUAUAAGUUCUGAUGAGGAGGAAGCAGUUCUACAGGCGAGCUUUUGACCUUUCAGUUCUGUUUUUAAACUGGAUUGAUGCUAGUAUGAGGAUUUCUUUAUCUAAACUGAAACGUGAUGACCCAAAACAAUUCAUCUUUUUAGAUAAGAACCUGUCACUGUACUUUCAACUGGCUUUAAAAACUAAGCAGUAAAACUUUAAAAUGCCUAACUAAAAAAAAUCUCAGCUAUCAAAUUUUUUUACCUGUUACCUGUGUAUCAGAUUUUCAGUUAUUUUUAUAUUUUUUUUAGGUUUUCUUCAGAAUAAUUUGGAACUUUGAUCAUGACUUUUUUUUUUUUUUUUUUAAUAAAAAGAAGUAACAUAUAAA